AGGUCACGAGAGGUCAGGUUAUUAAAACGCAUAUCUGGAAACAUGGCGGAGCCCACGGAAUCUUCGGGAACCUCUACAAAAGAUCUCAUCAGCGUCGUUGUGAAGACACCUAAAGACAAAGAAACCAUAGAGAUAAAUCCUGAUUCUACGAUCAAAGAGCUUAAAGAUGAAAUCUCCAAGAAGUUCAGUACCACAGUUGAGCAAUUAUGCCUCAUCUUUGCGGGGAAGAUUCUCAAAGAUAAUGAUACCCUAAAGCAAAACAAUAUCAAAGAUAACAUGGUUGUGCAUCUGGUCAUCAGGUCGAAAAAGGAUCAAGCAGGAACAAGCACAGCCACCACCAGCAGUCCUGCUUCACCCGCCAACCCAGGAUCCUCGUCAUCGACCACCGCCCCAUCGGCGAACCCGACCACAGCUGCUCCCGGUGGGAACCCGUUCCUUGGGGGGCUGGGUGGGUUAGGUGGGAUGGGGGGCCUAGGGGGACUCGGUAGCAUGGGACUGGAUUCAGCUAACUUUGCCGAGAUGCAGCAACAGAUGCAAAGACAGUUGAUGAGUAACCCAGACAUGAUGAGACAGGUCUUAGAUAAUCCCAUGGUACAGAACAUGAUGCAGAACCCGGAUAUAUUCAGGAACCUUGUGCUUGGCAACCCUCAGAUGCAACAAAUCAUGGAGAGGAAUCCUGAGGUAUCGCACAUGCUGAACAACCCUGAGGUGCUCCGUCAGACCAUGGAGCUUGCUCGUAAUCCGGCUAUGAUGCAGGAGAUGAUGAGAACUCAAGACAGAGCACUUAGCAAUCUAGAGAGUAUACCAGGUGGUUAUAAUGCGCUACGGAGGUUGUAUACCGACAUUCAAGAACCCAUGCUGAAUGCUGCCCAAGAACAACUAGGAGGAAACCCCUUUGCAGCUCUGGCAAACACUAACUCAUCAAGCCAACAGGGUGUGGAGAACACGGAUCCCCUGCCCAACCCCUGGGCUCCUCCUGCUUCACAAAGGACCUCAGCGUCGACCACCACUUCAAACACUACUUCAACCAGCAGUACAUCCAGUACCACGUUGCCUGGUCUCUCUGGCAUUCAACCAGGUGCUAACAUUUACAACAGUCCUGGUCUGCAGAGUCUGAUGCAGCAGAUCCAGAGCAACCCUAGCCUGAUGCAGAACAUGAUGCAGGCUCCCUACAUGCAGUCUAUGAUGAGAAAUAUGGCAGAUAACCCAGAUAUGGCAGCCCAGGUGAUGAGGAAUAACCCACUGUUUGCUGGUAACCCACAGCUUCAGGAACAGAUGACUACGAUGAUGCCAUCCUUCCUUCAGCAAAUGCAGAAUCCCGAUGUGCAGCAAGCUAUGACGAACCCUAGGGCUAUGCAAGCCAUCAUGCAGAUACAACAAGGCAUGCAACAACUAGCUACAGAGGCACCAGGGCUACUACCUGGCAUGACUGGGGCUGGUCCUGCUUCAACCACAACGACGGGCUCUACCACAGCCCCCGCAACGGGCACAGCAACCACCGCCCCAUCUACCGCAUCCCCCACGGUACCCUCAACAACUGCAGGGACGACCACCACCACCACGCCCGGUGCACCUCCCAAUCUGACCGGUCUACCGCCGGUUGCCGAGCCUCAGUUUAAUGCGAUCAUGAGCCAGAUGUUACAAGCCCUGGGGACAGGUGGACAGCACGGUUUGGGGAUGGGCGGACAGCGAGGUUUUGGGAUGGGUGGACAGCAAGCUUCUACUCCGUCUCCAGAGGAUCGGUUUGAGCCUCAGCUCCAGCUGCUAGCCACGAUGGGGUUCGUCGAUCGCGAGGCCAACAUUCGAGCGCUGACGGCCACAGGGGGCGACGUCAACGCAGCUAUCGACAGACUAAUUCAAAGUUGACAACCUUGACCCUAUCACUCCUGUUCAAACAUGAUCUUCGCAGUGACAGUUUGGAGGUACUGGCGUAAUGAUUAAAAUGUCGAUCCCAUACCUAGUGUCUGUGUGUCCAAUUUGCAUCAGGUUAUCAAACAUAUAAAGCAGAUCCCAACAACCUAUGGUAAGACAUUUGUAUAUUAUAAAUAGAUUGAUAAGAAAUAAGUUAAUAGUAACGUUGAGAAAAUAACUGAUUCAUUCAAGACCCCACUGUAAUUUAUGUUGUGAUUAACAAAUUAUUGAUAUUGUUUAUACAUGUAUAUCAUCCUCAUAUCAUGAGAGUAAUAUAAAUAAAUGGCCAUAGUUGUAUUAGACAAGUUAACGUGAUUGGUAUUGUAAUUAUAUGACGUGUAAAAUCUGUUUCUGCAAACCAUUGCCUUAAAAACACUUUGCUACUUGCAUUUCGUUUUAUAUUGAUAUGCACUUUUCAGUUAAUUUUGAAUAGAAAUAGUUGCACCCCUUGUUAUUUCUUAUCUGUAUAGCAUAAAGAUCUUUAAACCUAUGGAUGAUACAAGUUAAUUGGCACAUGUAGUUUGUUUAUCUCGCAGUUCUGUCUGGCCAAGUGAAUAUAAGGUGUUCUAACCAAGUCAUGGGUUUUAUGAGUACCUGUCUGAUAUCAAUGAUUUACACGAUAAUUUAUCUUUUGAUAAAAAUUCACUGAUUUAAAAACAUCUGAUUAGAUUUCAGUCACAUUUUCCUUUUUGUUAUAAAAAAGAGAGGAAAAAAGCCAACUUUUGCCCAAACUUAAUAUGCUCCAGAGGGAAUGAUGAAAGAAGGAGGGGUUAUAAACAUUCUUGCAAAAGUUACUUGGGGGACGAAAUCAAGUACCGGUAUGUUUUGAAGCACGGGGAAACUGCGCAUUUUCAUCCUCAGAGGAAAGAGUAGGUUUUAUUUACCGGUACCGGUAGGUGGAUGGAAAGUAAUUAUUCUAUUGCUGUAGCUUAGAUAUAGAAAAUGCACCCAAGUAAAGUUUAAACUAAACACAAAAUAUAAUCGGGCUAAAAUCCUGUGGCAUGUAGAGGCCCAGUUUUGUCCAAUACAUGGUAUUUCCUAUAGGUAGUAGAUAUUUAUGUGGUGAUGGUUUAUUGUGUAUAAUUUAUGUUAUGGCAGCUAUAUUUAAUACCUCCUGGUUGUGUGGCUGCUAGUUUAUCAAUGAUAGUUCACCGCUAGUCAGCAGCUCAUAAUUUCCCAGUAGGUCUACACAUAUAUGGAUCCUGGUAAUUAUCCUUUAAAAAUUAUAGUAUUUCUUGUAUUUGUCCAGAAACGUAUGUUUCUAAAAAAAAUUGUGAAUCUGUUAACUUUUUUAUUUUUCACCAUUCCUUUCCAUUUGCCUUUUAUCAGACAAAAAAAAACAUAAUUAUGUACAUGGCAAGUUUCUUUUCCCCCGACUUAUAUCUUGUUUGUUCAUUUUUUAUAUAUACGGUAGAGGAAUCUUUAUUAACUCUAUUGAUACAUGCAUAUAGAGUGGUAUAUCCUAAAUCGUAAUAAAGGAAUGUGGUAUGCCAUUAUCAACCAGUACAACAUUGUAUGAUUAGCAGUCCAAGUGAAUCAAAGGAUGGAUGAAUACUGUCACAAUCAGCGAAUUAAUCAUCACAAAGAAGUCAAGGAAAAGAAUAGAAAAGCUAAUCACAGUUAAUUGGUAUUCCCUUUUAUAUUUUAAUAUGAAGAAUCUUUUUCUAAAAGUGCAUGAUACUUAAAUUCAAUAUUUAAAUCUGAAAGGUUGUAACCUUUGAGGACAACUCACUUUACACCAGUGCUGAAUAUGGCCAGUAAAAACUGGCUGUUAAUUGCUUUUACACUGUAUGGGAACGACUAGUCGAGUUUUAUUACAGUUAUGUGCUUAUUAUUCUGGUACUGGUUUCUAACAUCUUUGUUUCAGUAGGCAUCAUAUGUUUGUUAUAUUUUGACAUUCAUCUUGUUUUGAAUCUGUGAAUUUUCCGUAGUAACCAGAACUCGGAAAGAAGAAUAUCAGGUAGUUGCUUUAUUUAUGAAUAUUUUACACGCUUAGAAAAAAAAUAAUCAUCUGUUAAGAUAUUAACAGACAAUAUUUACAUUUUCACUCUAUUUAGAAGAGUUUUUUAAUAAAUAUAAAACAAUUGACAGUUUUAAUUAGUAUGUGGCAUGUAGUUUUGGGAUUUAAGUCCUCCUUGUUCAGAUAACUCAUAAAGAAAUCUAUCACAAAUCAUAAUGUUUGAGACACAGAAAAGGCAGUGGAUUUAACUUCUUGUAUCGGUAUUGAUUGGUCAAAUAUUGUAAAGGCAUCGCAUCGGUUUCUGCUAUUGUAUUUGGUUCUGACACGAUUCUUUUAGCCAUGCACAUUCUAUUUUUACCAACCAACUUUCCUUGCAUCAUGCACAUUGUAUCAAGUUGUAUUCGCAUAUUUAUCCAUUCAUUUAUUAUUAUAGUAUGUAAUUUUAUUUGCCUUAAUUUUUAUUUCUACUUGGAUUUUGUAAUUUCCUUUUGAUACUCGAGUGAUAUCGUACCUUACUUAAAACUAAGUGUUGAUCCAGAACAAGUUUGUUCUUUGUUAGUCUGAAUCUUUUGUAGUUUGGCGGUGUGGGUUGGGGGGGGGGGAUGAGAUUGGAAUGAUUAAUGGGAGUACAUGUAUAUGUUUUUAUUCACUGUAUUUUUCCCAAUGAGCUGUUAAUACAUUUGAGCACCAUCCCCUUUUCUAAGCAAACGAAAGUGCUCGUAAUUCAAAUUUGAGUGUAAUCAUUGCUUAUUUAGAGUUACCUAGCUUACAAACCUACACAGUGUGACUUCUUAAAGCUAUACUUUACUAGAAACACUACUGAAAAAUCUUCUCUAGGGCCAUCUCGGGUCAGCUGUUGCAGUAUGGUCCUGUAACUCGCUGCUUCCCUAGCUGCACUGUUGGUUCUCGCAUCGAGUCCUCUGUCUGCAAAGUGGGAAUUAGGUUAUGCACUUAUGGCAAGUUGACGAUGAGAUAGCGCUGUGCAAUAAACAGUAUUCUAGGGCAGGAAGUUUAUCAGUUCAGUAUCGCUUUAACAUUGUUUCAAUCGUGUGUUACAUGAUAAUAUGUGUAUUUUCUAGAUGAUAAAUUAUAGUCACGCACCCCAUUACUGCAAGUCUGAAAACCUUGCUGGCUGCAUAUCUCUCAAUGUGACCUUCUCAUUGUGCUAUUAUCAAUACUUGUAAAUAUUGUAUGAUGUAGGAUUAUGAAAAUUGACCCGUCUGUUCUGCAGUUGCAGCGACUAUUGUCCGCUUAGAGCCAAAAGGGUGUUAACUCUGUGUAAAACGAUACGCCUGAAUGCCCUUUUGGCUUCAAACUAUGGACAUUUUAUCCAGUAUCUGCAAGUGAUAGUCUAAAGAAAAAAUGAGGUUAUAUGUAAGAUACUAUUGAUAUUGUAUAUUGAUGAGGAUAUGAACUCUUGGGAACGUUAUAUUGCAGUGAUUUUAAAGUGGUUAUUGUAAAGAAAUCGAUGCAUUUUUUUCUCACAAAAGUGUACCUUUUUGACAUCGGUAUCAUUUGCAAGUAAUGAGAACUGCAAUUUCGUAAUAUCUACCUUCUGUAUGCCCAGUCUAUACAUAGUCUUCAUAUAUAUUAAAGAUUAUGUAUCAUUUAUAUAGAACGUGAACUGAAAGAAAACCUGUACUUUUACUUCAUGUAGACCUCGUUGUAAAUCAAAUUUAUUGCAAUGAUUUUGAUAAUGGCAGCUAUUUCUUUCCGUUCUUGACCUGAAUUGUUGUUGAUGACUUGAAAAUUCCAGUCUCCGUAAAAAUAAUUUUGUGUAUGUUCUAUAUUUCUCACACCACAUAAAAGCAGAGAAUAAAUGGUUAAAGAAUUAUCAAAAA